AUGGCCACAUCUGUCUUUCCAGUGCCAGGCGUUGUACAUGGCAAACGCAUUUUAGCGGCUAUCAUCGAGACGCGAGCCAAAGCUGGCACAAACACUGAGCCCUGGGUCUCUGUCCCAAUCGACGACAACAACAUUUCUGCGGGGUUCCGAGAUAUCACUUUCCAGAAACUGAACAAUGCGGCAAACCAUGCAGCUCGAUGGCUAAGCCAAGCUCUUCCCGCGACUUCCCAAUCCUUUCAACACUUUGCCUAUGCCGGCCCUAAGGAUCUGCGAUACCCGCUCUUCGCACUUGCAGCGGCGAAACUCCAGAAAGUGAUGGUUCUCCCAUCGCCGUUGCUCACGCGGGAGGCUCAGCUGCGGCUUCUGGAACAGACGAACUGUGAACUGUAUCUGCGGCCGUCGGAAAUGGUUGAGCAAAUAAGUAAUGUUCUACGAGAGACGCCUCAUGUCCAGCAAAUAACCGUCCCUGGGAUUGAGGAUUUUUUUCGGAAUGACGAAGCAGCCCCAGUGAUUUAUAGUAAGACUUGGGAUGAAGGGAAAGGCGACCCUUGGCUGGUGUUUCACACCUCGGGAACAACGGGAAAUCCCAAGGCGAUUACAUAUGCCCAACAAAUGAUGACCACCUUCGACACCGCGGCCUCACUGCCAGACCUUGAAGUAAAUGUAGUUCAUCAUUGGGCCCGACAAAGACUCUACACGCCACUGCCCGCGCUUCAUUUUGUAGGCAUGAUGGCGACGCUCAGCCUGACCACUUGCAUCCAUACAACAUGCGUUAUCGGGCCUCCCAUUCCCCCGACCGCCGAACUCGUGACCGAUAUCCUCCGCUAUGGGAAUGUAGCUGGGGCCCUUAUAAACCCUGCUCUUAUUGACGCCCUUGUUCUCUCCCAGGAGGGCCUUCAAGCUCUCCGUGAAUUAAAGUAUAUCCAUUUCGUUGGCGCUUCCCUCUCAACCAAAACAGGAAACCUCCUUGCGCCUUACACCCAUGUGGUUCCGGCUAUCGGCAGUACCGAAUCAGGCGGGUAUUUUACCGUUAUCCACGAAAACAAAGAUAGAUGGGAGUAUGUCUCCUUUCAGAAGGACGCGGGGGCGGAAUUACACCACCGCAUGAAUGGGAUCCACGAACUUGUUUUCGUCCGCGGAUCCCAAUACCGCUUGCAGCAGAUCUUCCAACUCUAUAAGGAUCGCCAAACAUUCGAGACGAAUGAUCUGUUUGUCGAGCACCCGGAACAUAAGGGAAUGUGGAAAAUCAUCGGCCGCAGUGACGACUACGUUUACCUAGCACACGGGGAUGGAAUCCAUGCUUCGCUCCUGGAAAGAGAGAUUGUCGCGCACCCAAGCGUCAAGUCUGCACUUAUUGGCGGCCUUGGGCGUUCGGUACCCGUUCUUCUGGUGGAGCUGGUCCCUGAUGCGGAUGCGGAAGAUGUUGAUGCCGUGAAAAGGAGCCUCGAGCCCUUUAUCGCAAAAGCCAAUGAACAUUGUCAUGACGUGGUGAAGCUCUCGUCCGAGCGGUUGAUCAUUGCCAAGAAGGAAAAGCCAUUUAUCACGACGAUCAAGGGGAAUCCGUUGAGGUUACAGACUUUGAGCAUGUAUGAGGUGGAAAUUGAAGCUUUGUUUGAGUAG